GGAAUGGUUUAGUGGAUUCAAAGAUUCAAUCUUUUUUGUUUUGAAGAAGAGUGUUAACUGGUUCUUGAGAUGGAGAAUUCGAAUUUAUCGAGGAAUAAUAGUCAUGGAGAGCAUCUGGGUGUUAACAAAAUGGGGAAGAAUAUCAAGAAGAGUCCUCUGCAUCAACCAAAUUUCACAAACACAAAGCAACCAUCACAACCUCAAGUUUACAAUAUAAGCAAGAACGAUUUCCGUAGCAUCGUUCAACAGUUGACUGGUUCACCUUCGCAAGACCCUUUGCCACGACCACCGGAAAAUCCACCUAAAUCUCCAAGUAUGCGUUUGCAGAAGAUCCGUCCACCGCCAUUGACGCCAAUCAACCGACAUCAGAUUUCCUCUUCUGCAACUCCUCUUUUUAACAACAACUUUGUUAGACCAGUUCUAAUUGGUCAACCAUCGAUGUCUCCAGUGCCGUCACUUCCACAAGGUAACCAAGCUUGGCCCAACACAGCUGAGUCUCCAAUCUCUGCUUACAUGAGAUACCUUCAGAAAUCUAUAAUCGAUUCAGGUCCAAGGCCAACACAACCUCCACGUCAAAUUCAGCCCAUGCCGUCGUCGGGUUUACUUCCGACACCACCACCGCCGACUCAUGCUUUUCCUUCUCCCCAUGAGAAUGCUCCUGCCCUUUUGCCUUCUCCAACUUCUCAGUUCCUCUUGCCAUCCCCAAGCUCUUUCUUGAAUCUAUUGUCUCCUCAGUCGCCUUACCCUUUGAUUUCGCCAAGUUUUCAGUACUCUUCGCCUCAGUUUGCAUAUUCACCCAUUUCACAAUCAGGGAUUUUGGGUCCUGGGCCACAACCUCCACUCUCUCCAGGAUAUUUUUUUCCAUCUUCCCCUACUGAGUUCUUCCCCAUCUCAAGUCCUAGAUGGAGGAAUCAAUAAUCCAUAAAUUUGAAAGGUGAUGUGUUGGUUGAUGGUGUCUAGAAGAAUUUUUGUUU